AUGAUGGCCCAAAUAUUAGGUAUCCAAUUCAAGUUGAUAUCCGCAAACUCAAAGCAAUCGCUGGGGGGACUUGUCAUAAGGCUUAUCAGGCUUGGAAACUCAAGUACGAAUCCAAGUCCGAGACUGAGUCUGAGACUGAAACUGAGACCGAGACUGAACCGACAGAGGGUGAGACAGCCAAAAUACCGGAUAAGAAAUCAAAGAAGAAGCCGUCAUUCAUAUUGA